AUGGAGGCUCCAAUCGAAAAGGAGUCUACGGAGGCAAAAGUUCCAGAAGCCAUGGAAGCUCCAGAGCUUGUGGAGGCAGAAACUCCGGAGGCUGUGGAGGCUCCAGUUGAAAAGGAGUCUGCGGAGGCAGAAAUUCCAAAAGCCAUGGAAGCUCCAGAGCUUGUGGAGACAGAGAUUCCUGAGGCUUUGGAGGCUCCAAUUGAACAGGAAUCUGCGGAGGCAGAGGUUUCAGAAGCCAUGGAAGCUCCAGAGCUUGUGGAGGCAGAGACUCCAGAGGUUGUUGAGGCUCCAGUCGAAAAGGAGUCUUCGGAGGCAGAGGUUCUAGAAGCCAUGGAAGCUCAAAAAAUGAAGCAGGCUAUGAAGUCGCUUCCAGAAAGAAAACAGGUUGCAGAGCUGCUAAGGAAGCAGUUUGCUAUGGAGCCGCCAAAGAAGCAAGCUGUGGAGCUGCCUCCAAAAAAGAAGCAGGCUAUAGAGCCGCUUCUAGAAAGAAAGCAGGUCAUGGAGCCGCCAAGGAAGCAGACCAUGGAGCCACCUCCAAAAACGAAACAUGAUAUUGAGCCGCUUCCAGAAAGAAAGCAGGUUGCAAAGCCGCUAAGGAAACAGGCUAUAGAGUCGCUAAGGAAGCAGGCAAUAGAGCUGCCUCCAAAAAAGAAGCAGGCUAUGGAGCCGCUUUCAGAAAGAAAUUAG